AUGCAAUUCCAGCUCCUCUCCGUCGCUGCUGCUUUUCUCGGUGCUGCUGUCGCCACGCCUGUCGAUCUCUCUUCGUCUUUAGUGGCGCGAGAUAAUUGCACAACAUACUCCAGUGUCGCAGCUGGGACAGUUUGCUACCAUACACCAUCUGAUUGUUCAGAAACCUACCUUGUGCAAUCAGGCGAUACUUGCCAGUCCAUCGCUGCACUCUACAAUAGCUUCACACUCACCCAAUUCUACUACUGGAACCCUGAUAUCGGACAAACCUGCUUUGGACUCAGAGCCUACGUUCCUGUUUGCAUCAGCACACCAUGGUACACAUUCGUGCCACCGGUUCAAGCGGAUGUCGGUACCGUCGAGAGUGCAGAGAAAAUCCCAGUCCCAGUCAUGCCAUCAAUUACAUCUAACUGCACGACCUUUGAACUCGCUGGAAACGGCUUGAGGGUUGAUGCUAUUGUGCAGCAGAACGGCAUUACGAUGGAUGGCUUUUUGAGCUGGAACGCUUAUAUUGAUAAAACCAACCCAGUUGCUUGGGAUGGGUAUUGGGUUUGUGUUGGUGCUUAA